GGCAUUCACAAAAACAUGGCUCACUUCCUCUUUUUACAGUACUGUGACCUGCUAUGUUACAGUAUCAGCAUAUCCAUUCUUCAACCGACUCUCUCUGGUGCAAGUCUGUACAUCAGCAGUGGUCUGUAUGAAGUUCUUCUCACCAUGAGUAACAGCACCAAACUGGACAACGCCACCCUGUCCAUGUUCCUGAACAAAAAAGCUAGCACAACGAUCUCCAUCAUUUACAUGGUGGUCACAGUAAUCAACAUGACCGGAAAUGGCCUUUCCAUGUGGCUCCUCCUUUUUCGUACCACACCCAAAACUCCCUCCAUCAUCUUUAUGAUCAACCUGACCCUGACUGACUUGGCCUUGGGGCUCGUCUUGCCAUAUCAGAUAAUUUACCAAAUGAAUGGGUAUAAUUGGACCCUUGGUUCGGGAAUGUGCAGGCUUCUAACCAUCAUAUUCUAUGCCAACAUGUACUGCUCCAUUCUAACUAUGACUGCCAUCAGUGUGGACCGGUACCUGGGCAUCUGUAGGCCCAUGCUCUUCCGUAACAGGAGGGAACGGAAGGAGAUUGCUGUGAUUGUCUGCCUGAUCAUGUGGACAGUCGUCCUAUUGGUCCUCUACCCACUUAUGUCAACCGACCUGACAUUCUCUGUUCCGGAACUCGGGAUUAUCACCUGCUUUGAUGUUCUGAAGAGGAACAUGCUGCCGUCCUUGGCAGCCUGGGCUGCCUUCCUCUUUACAAUGUUUGUCAUCCUCUUCCUCAUACCAUUCUGCAUCACUGUGUUCUGCUAUGUCGGCAUCAUACACAAGCUGACCCGAGUAUCUAAGACCGACCAGAAGGAGAAGGCAAUACGCCUCGCCGUCACCGUCCUAGUGGUCUACAUGCUCUGCUUCACUCCUAACAACAUCUUCCUCCUGGCUCACACCAUCCGUAGGCUCUUCUAUGGGGACUCCCUCUACAUGGCCUACAAGCUGACUCUUUCCCUCAGUUGUCUCAACAGCUGCCUCGAUCCCUUCAUCUACUACUUUGCCUCCAAGGAGUUCCGUCAGAAGCUGAGGCAGAUGCUAAGGCUGAGAACGCUAAGCAGUGUGGACACGACGUUAGACCCCCACAGAGAGAGCAUCUACUCUGCACAGUAUGUGUCCAAUGGCCAGGGAGAACAGGUCAGGAUCUGUUCAACUUAACAACGUGCUCUGUUAAGCACACAUGACAGUCAAAAUGACAUGAAGCAAUACCCUCUAUUGGGUCAAUUGACAUUUCAUAAGAAUGUAUGUUUUUGGGUUGUUAUAUUUAGACUCAGUAAGUAAAGAGGGCAGAUGGUGCUUCUCCAUUUCAAAAGUUGGAAACAAUAGUAUUAUUUAUUUUUUAAGCGACUGUUGUAAUUUGCAGUCAGAGUGUUGGGGAUUUUCUGCAGCAUGUUUGUUUUGCAUUCAAACAACCAAAAUGCCCUUGCCUAUGGGGUAAAAUACCCCCCAGGGGUAGAUACGAUCCCUCCAAAAUAAGAUAUGAGCGGGAAAGAAAAUUAACUUCCUGACAACAAUCUUGUCUUCUUUUUUACAUCACAUGACAUUUCAUUGACAUCAAGAAUCUUGACACAUUUUCCAGUUCACAUUUUAAGAGGCAUGAUUCUCCCCUAAUUUCCUCUGGGUGUGAAUUACAUGAAUUGCAACCAGUUCCUUAUUAUGUCAAAAAAAGGGUUUUCCGUCUAACUAACCUGGUAAAGGACAACGACCACAACAAUGGAUCUGCCAGAUUUGUGAAUUAUUCAAAGUGCAUUCCCUUUGUUGAAAGCACUUUGUUAUAGCUAUAAGGCAUUAAUAAAUAGCUUACUAAUAAUUAAUGAAUCAUCACUCCAGCCUUUUUAAGUGUUAGUAGCAUCUAUGAACUUGUGUACAUACAUACAUGUGUUUAAACAAUUAUUAAAGUAUUUUUCUGUGAUUAAUAAUGCUCCUCAUUAGUAUUGUAACUAAUAAACCACUUAGUAAUUGUUAAUAAUAAAUAUAUUUUUAUUCAGAAAAUCCUAAUUAAUUUUCAGUCUGUUUUGCAGUAACAAUUUAGGGUAGUGAGGGCCAUUUGAGGCUUCAUUAGCGUUAUUUUAGCACCAGGAUAAUAUGCUGGCAGCUCUCAAAUUUUCUUUAUCACAAUAAAAGCCAUCAUUGAAAUUUACAAGGCA